CAGCGGCUUCGGGUUUGCAAUCCGUUUCCGGUUAGAAUUUCGAUUUAGAAACCGUCAGAUCGAAGUGUAGCGCUAUAAACUCGCUGCUUCUAGAGGCGCUCUGCAGUCUUCCGCCCAGUUUGUGACGAUGAAGUUGUGUCUGCCCGCCCUCGUGCUCUUGGUUUCCACCCGGUGGCAGCGCGCAGAAUCCCUCGCGACAUUAGUCGGACACUCGGUAGAGUGGAAGAUGACAGACUGCCCCGAUGGCUCCGAAGUGAAGACGGGAGACAACAAGGUGCUUGUGGCAAAGAAGGUUCUCGGCACUUGGAUCGGAGAGGGACCUUACGAUGGACGGAUUGGAGAGAGUAAUUCGUCCUCGCUUGUCCUCACCGAUGUGCGGUUUAAUGACAUGGGUCUGUACGAGUCCUCCUGUGGGGACAUGCGGGAUGAUCUCCAGGUUAUCGCAGCUGACGAUGAAUCCGUGCGUGAGGGAGAGCAGGUCCUACUGAAAUGUUAUCUCAAAACGGAUGAAUCGGUGGCGGUCGUAGAAUGGCACAAAGACGGAAAGUCUGUGAUGAACAUUACAGCAUCCACACUGAAAAGCAACGGGACGGGAUCGGAGAGGAGACACGUGUCUCCGGACUGUUUCCAGACGGGAAACUGCUCUCUGAGCAUCGAGGGGGUCCAGAAGGAGGACGCAGGCGUCUACAGGUGCUCCAUCCAUAAUGAUGGAAAGACUCAGUGGGGACAUCCUCCUGCUGUCAGGAUGGAAGUCACCAAUCGGACCACAGCGAUGCCUGACACUGUGAACACACCGUGCCCGUGGGAAACUGCCACAGUGGUACAGACUGUGGCCCUGUCUGUGGCCUCGGCUGUGGUCCUGUCUGUGGUCUUGACUGUCCUGGUUGGGGUCCUGGUUGUUGGAGGCAUCUUUUGGUACCGGAGACCCCGCAGACAAGAGGCCUCACCCAAAUCCCCCGAUGAGGAGCUUCCUCUGAGAUCUUCAGUUAAUAGAGGUACCAUCGCGGGUUAAUGCCGAUGGUUAUGGAUGCUUUUAAAUGUCAUUAUUUUAUAUAUUUGUACAUGCAUUUGUGUUUGAGUAAUAUUUAAAAAAUAAAAUCUUUCA